CCAGAACUUGCUAGAAUCCUCUAUCAUUCAAUCAACAAAUUUGUUGUUAUUUUUAUUUCUUUUUUGUCAUAAGAAAAAAAGGUAAAGCCGAACCAUUCAGCUGACAUUAGUAGGAGACAGGGAUUCAUUUAUCGACGGGGAACGGAAAAGGAAAGGAUCAGAUGCCAUGGACAACGACAUGAUGAACAUGGAGGAGGCCGCCGCCGCAGCGCCACCCCACCUGCAAGGACAGAACGAUGUCGGUAAUGACCUACUCGUAUUGGGUCGUAAACUUGUCGAUCAAGGCAAGCCUUCUCAGGCUCUUCAAGCGGUGGUGAUGGCCAUGAGAACUCGAGGCGGUGAUGAAGCUGUAUUUCAGUCAUUGUAUCGUGCUCGCAAAGUGUACAGAACUAGAAUGCAAGAAAACACCAGUGUCGAUCAGCUGGCUUCUCUGUUUGCUGAGUGUGUGAUAGCUGAAGCCCAGCCGAUAAAAGCAGAAUCAUUACCAUGCGCCACUGACGUUCCACCAGUUGCAUCAACUUCCAUUCUUGCCGAAACAGGCAGAAUGCAAAUUGUAUUGGAUGCAUUCUCCGAUGGAAGCAGCUUUAUCUGUUUGCAGUGUGGCGGUCUUGUUAGUAAUCAUCGCAAAGAUGAGCAUUAUGCAUAUUGGUGCGGCCAUAUGUAAAUUUGCUCACUUUAUAGACUUCUUGCAAUGCGCUUGUUCACGAGAAGUCAUGUCUGCCUUGUGGAAUCGGCACAGCUGCAAUUGGUGUACCACCUUUGACAAUCCGUGUAGAUUGUAGUCCGUUUGCCAAUCUAAGGCGAAGCAAAUAUCUUUCUUUGCUAAGAACUAGGAUACUGUACUCCAGCAUUGAUAAGGUUUAUGUCACAGAAUAAGUUUGAAAUUCGAUGAACUGAACAAUGAUGUAUCAAAACCGUGUAUCAUAUAUACUAUUGUACCAAAGUUUGAGAUA